GAGCCGCCGACCGGACAACCGGAGCGGGACUUUAAUCCUCUGUUACAGGACACACACGCAGCAGCGGCGGACUGCUCUCGGAGGCUCCGGACGCCCCGCCGCCCUCCGUCCUCCUGCCGGUGCUCCGCGGACAGUCGCUGGAGCGACGCUCUGAGCGAGAAGCCGACAGCUGAGUGGCGUUGGACUGCAUGAGGAGGCCGAGAGACGGGACCCUGGUCCUCACCUAGACCCUCCUGACCCCUGCCUGGACUGCCUGGACAUGAGGUCGUUCAGAUCGUUUGCUAACGACGACCGCCAUGUCAUGGCCAAACACGCCAGCGUUUAUCCGGCGCCGGAGGAGCUGGAGGCCGUCCAGUCGCUGGUGUCCACCGUGGAGGGAGCCCUGAAGAAGGUCUCUGACUGGAUGGACGGCCUCGACAAACCCUCAGAGAAGAUGUCCACCACCAACAAGGCUGCCGACAACACGACAGAGGAGGAAGCUGCCGAGACAAAGUCUGACGGUACCUCGGUGCUGUGUGGAGUGACUCGAGUCGGCCUGGUGGCCAAAGGCCUCCUGAUCAAAGGCGACAUGGACCUGGAGCUGGUUCUGAUGUGCAGAGAGAAGCCCACCAAGCUGCUGCUGUACACCGUCAGCGCCAACCUGCCGCUGCAGAUCCAGACAAUGACGGACGACAAAUACGAGGUGCGGUCGAGCGUUCCCGAGGCGGCCAUCCAGGUCUGCAGCACCAAAGACCCCCAACUCACCCUGAAGAUCACCUUGUCCUCCUUAACCAUGAGGGAUGAUCCCAGCACCACAGAAGAAGAAGAGGAAGGCGACCGGGACGGCGGCGACAAGCGGCGGCGGCGGGAGGAGGACGAGGACGAAGACGAGGACGUCCUGGACCGGCAGCGGUGCCUGGCGGCGCUGGCUUCUCUUCGACACGCCAAAUGGUUCCAGGCCAGAGUCACCGACCUCAAGUCCUGCGUCGUCGUCCUGCGGAUUCUCAGAGACAUGUGCAACCGACUUCCUGUGUGGCAGCCGCUCAAAGGAUGGCCUCUGGAGCUGAUCUGUGAAAAGGCCAUCGCCACCUGUAACCGGCCGCUGGGUCCAGGUGAGGCUCUGCGCCGAGUCAUGGAGUGCAUCGCCUCCGGGAUCCUCCUACCAGGAGGUCCAGGAGUUCAUGACCCCUGUGAGAGGGAACCAACGGACGUCCUGAGCGACCUGAACGCCCAGCAGGCUGACGCCAUCACACAUAGCGCACAGCAUGCGUUACGCCUCCUGGCCUUUGGACAGCUUUACAAGGUCCUGAAUAUGGAUCCUCUGCCGGCCAACAAGCCUUCACUGAGGCUCUUAGAAGGCGGCUGUCAGAAGAGGCUUCGGGACGACGACGGCUCAGAUGACAGAGAUUUCAUCAAAAGGAUGAAAGUCCUGGACUGGAGGAUGACGGAUCCCAACCACCCCAUGAACGCUCUGAUGCGUCUGAACCAGAUCCAUCCGGGCCUCCAGUACCGCCUGCUGUCCCAGUCCGGUCCGGUCCACGCUCCGGUCUUCACCAUGUCCGUGGAGAUCCAGGGAACCAGCUACCAGGCCACCGGCAACUCCAAGAGGACGGCCAAGCUGCAAGUAGCCCUGAAGGCGCUGCAGGCUCUCGGCUUUGUGCUCGGCGGCGGCGACGGCGACGUGGACUCGCUGAGCGCCGACGAGAAGUCGGACGGCGAAGGGAAGAACGACCGGAUGUCUAGCAGCUCCAGCUCCACCUCCAUCACCUCCUCCACCGACGCUCCGGAGUGCAGAGCUCCGGGUCCGAUCCUGACGGCGGGAGGUAAAAACCCGGUGAUGGAGCUGAACGAGAAACGCCGCGGCCUCAAAUACGAGCUGAUCUCUGAGAGCGGCAGCAGCUACGACAAACGCUUCAUCAUAGAGGUGGAGGUGGACAAGCAGGUGUUUCGGGGGACGGGUCCUAAUAAGAAAGUAGCCAAAGCUAGCGCUGCGUUAGCCGCCCUGAACAGUUUAUUCUCCGGAUCCAAGUCUGCGACCAACAAGAAGAAACGGCCCAACCCUCCACCUAAGCGACCCGUGGCCUCGGUGCUGACCCUCCCGGCUCUCGCUGCCAGACCUCCUCGGGUCCCCGUGAUCCCCAGAGCUCCAUAUAUCAGCACUCCGCCCACACAUGGAUACAUCCCACCAGGUUUUGGUGCUCCUUACGGCUACAGCCCUGCAGGCGCCCUCCCUGCUUACAGUUUUCCCUCCAGAAUGCCCUCAGUAGUUGUCCCAGUCAUCCGAGUCCCACCAACAUACCCCAUCACCCACCUGUACCCCUAUUAAGACCCUCCCUCACCCAUCUCACAGGAAAUCACUUGUUAAAGGAAUAUCCUGGCUGUGCAUUCACAAAAAAACAACAACCCUGCAAUCCACUGACUUCUAAGCAUUAAAUAAGGCAGAACUAUUGUUUCGCAGCGUGUUCCAUCCGGGCUACAGCAGCAAUCAGCGAGAUUCAUUUUGGCUGUUAGAAAGUUGCGCUGGCCUCGUCUUUUGCUAUCCGUGUGAACAUAGAGUUUGACAAAUAAGCUCUUUGAUCAGCAAACCGUUAUGCAAUGAGGAAAGAAAAAAAACGAGCUCAGCAUUUAGCGAGGCGCAGUGUGUGAAAGACCGCUCAGGAAAAUAUUACAAAGCAGGGAGCUGAGCGUCUACUGUCGGGUAUUAAAUUUACAAGGGAAGUCAUUAACCUCAGAGCAACGGAAACACCAACCAUCCAUCAGAGUAAGUGAACAAAACAAACAGCCACUAAAUGAACCUGAAAAGGAUUAUUAGCCAGUCAGGACUAUUAAACACCAUCUGCAGGGAAAAUAACCACUAUAGAACAGUAUAGACACUAAAAAAUAGCCACUAAAGUACAGCGACUCCUAAAUGUGCAACGUAGAAAACGGAGUAAGUAACAUAUUGAGGAAGAAAAGUAACAGUUCCCCUACUGUGGCUGUUUUUGUUUGCACUGUUAAUUUCCCUAAAUAUCCACCAUGAAGAUUAUUAUUAUUAUUAUUAUUAUUAUUAUAAAUAUCCACCAUGAAGACAACACUGUAGGGAAAUAAAGCUAAUAGCAGUAGCAAAUAAAAAAAAGUCCCCAACUAAUACAUGUUCCCACAAUGCCUGAAACUGGAUAAUAUUCACCCUAAAGAACAAAACAUCCGCUAUUGUAAAUUAGAAAAAAAAUAUAUUUCACAACAGUCUUCUAGAAAAUGCCAACUGCUGGACGUCCGAAGAAGAAUAAAACAUGAUCUGUAGGGAACUACAGAAUCUACUAACCACAGACCAUCUAUGAAAGAUCUACAGUACGGAACCAAAAAGAUGAUACCUAUAAAUAAAACACCAAAUAUUAGCUAUUUAAAAGUAAAUAAAGACAUUAACAAACACUUCAGGGAACUAACAACUAUAAAAACAAUGCAGGGAACUAAACAUAGUUUGUUUUUGACCAAAGAAACUAAAUUGUUGAAACUAGUGAACUUCAAAACACCUUGUAAAUAACAACAAACUACUAUCUACAGUAUAGAAUGGAAAAGAAAACACCCACAUAUAAGGGAACUAAAGAACAACCAGUAACCAACUACAAAAUUUCUAGCAAUUAAAUAGACAUACUUUAAAGAGAACUAAAACAAAUCCAAGAAGUACUUUGUUUUGAAUUAAAGAGACUAAAUUGUAGAAAUGAGGGAACUUACUAUCCACUAUACAAUGACAAAAUACCUACAGCCUGGAACCAAAGAGCACAUAUCAUACACCAACAGCUAAAUACGGCUAUUUAAAAGUUAAAAAGGAAAUUAACGACUUUAGGGAACUAAGCUAACACCCGCUGCUCACCAAAGAAACUAGGGAACUAAAUAAACAAAACAUCUUCUACAGGGGAUUAAAGAGCUACAAUCCAUACACUAAUAACAAAAUACUAACAGUAAGGAACUAAACAGCCUAUUUAGGGAACCAAAAAUAGCUACCAUAAACCAAUUAUCUAAAAGUCAAUAAAGAAAUUAACAACCACGCCAGGGAGCUAAAUUAACGGCUGUUGCAAAUUUACAACAACACAGCAAUGUAGGGAACUAAAGAAACUAUAUUGUUGAAACCAAGCAAAUAAAUACGCAAAACAUCUUCUGAAAGGAAUUACAACCCAAACACUACCGACAACAUAUGAACAGUAGGGAACUAAAGAACAACUGCCAUAAAUAAACCAAUUGUUUAAAAGCAAAUAGAGAAAUUAACAACCACUUCAGGGAACUAAAUUGACACCUGCUGCUUAUUUACAACAACAUAGCAAUGUAGGGAACUAAAUAAACAAAACAUCUUCUGCGGGGAAUUAAAUAACUUCAAGCCAUCCACUACCGACAACAUAUGAACAGUAGGGAACUAAACAGCCUCUUCAGGGAACCAAAAACAAAGCCAGUGUGGGGAACUAAAGAGACUAAAUUGUUGAAACGAGAGCUAAAUAAACAAGACAAGUUCUGCAGGGAAUUCAAGAACUUACAAACCAUACACUACCAAAUUCCCUAUUAAGAGAAGGGAACUAUACAGCCUCUUUAGGGAACUAAAAAAAUAGCUACCAUAAACCAACCAUCAAAUACAAUGCAGGGAACUAUAAAAACACUUUAGGGAAUUCACAAACAGCUACCAUAAAGAAAUUAACAACCACUUCGGGGAAAUAGUUAACACAAUUAACUAAAUAAAUAUAUUUUAAAAUAAACUCGAAAUUACAAACAAGACAUUACCAAUAAAAUAUUACCAGUAGGGAACAAUACAGCAUCUUUAGGGAACUAAGAAAAACAGCUAAAUAAGCCAAUUGUUUAAAAGUAAAUAAAGUAACAACCACUUCAGGGAACUAAGUUGACAUCUGUCGCUAAUGUACAACAACAUAGUCAAUGUAGGGAACUAAAGAAACUCAAUUGUUGAAACUAGGGAACUGAACAAACAUACUUUAAAAUCAAAACUAGAAAUUACAACCAACUACCAACAAAAUACUAACAGUAGGGAACUAAACUGACACCUCCUUCUUAUUUAUAGCAACACAGUAAUGUAGGGAACUAAAAACAUACAGUAUAAACUCAAAAUUAGAACUUACAGACUGUACACUUCCGACAAAAUAUUAACAGUAGGGAACUAAACAGCCUCUUUAUGGGAACUAAUUCGACAUCCACGGUAGAAAAUUAAAACCAGUCAUUUUGGGGUAACAAAGAAACAUGCUGUCACUUUAGGGAACUAAUAACUGAUCAGAGCUUAUUUGUCAGACUGCUGAUUAUUCCUUUAACAAUCUCUCAUUGAUGUGAACAUUUGUUUUGUAUUUUGACUUUUCUCUCUGUUUUCUAAUAUUGUUUUAAGUUUCUGUUAUAACAGAGAAUAAAAAAAAAACAGGUUUACACAAAUCAGUUGCACUGAAAAACAUUUUCCUUUGGAUAUUUAAUGUCCGAGUUUACAGUUUACUGUUGAGCCAUUUUUGUUGUGUUGAGUUAAAUAAUACUUUCUUUUCAGAGAGAUAUUUUAUUUUGACCUGUUUGUGGGUAAUAUUCUUUUUAAAUAAACAAAUAUUUUUGAGUUA